AUGCUGGAGGCAACAAUUCGCUCGCCCUUCAGCACGGACAUUCCGCACGCGUUUCUCUACAACGAUACGAGCAGGGCAAAGUCCUAUUAUCGUGGACCCUAUGUGGAGUCAUUGCAGAGCUUUGCCCACGUUUUCCACUAUAAUCUGCAGAUGGAUCAUGUGGACAGUUUACCCAAAAAGAUUCAGCUCCAGGAACAGAUUGGCGAUGGCAUCUAUAAUGUCUCCCUGCAUGGUGUGCUGAUUAGGACGCUCCUGGAUGAUCCCUCCAAUAUUACGCAGUACAGCUAUCCCCUCGAGGUGAUGAGGAACUGUGUAAUGGUUCCUCUCGCACCGGAGUUGCCCAAGUGGUUGUAUAUGGUAUGGCCACUGGGAAGAUAUGUGUGGACAACUCUCUUUCUGGGAAUCUUCUAUGUGGCCUUCCUCUUACGCAUUGUGCAUCGGGUGGAGAUCAUAGCUAGGUCGUACACUCGGAAUCUACUGCAUGCCAUGGCCAUCCUCAUGUACAGUCCCAAUAUGAAUAUGCAGGUGCGAAUGAUCCAGGUUCCCAUGCGAACCCUGAUCUUCUAUACUCUGCUGUAUAUCCAGGGAUUUAUACUGUCCAAUUACCACAUCAGUCAUAUGACAUCCUAUGAUAUGAAACCGGUGUUUGUGAAGCCCAUUAAUACCUGGGCGGAUUUGAUAGAAUCCAAGGUGCGCAUCAUCAUUCCGGAUACUCUGCUGGAGGAGAUACACUCUCUGCCUGGUCUAGAUGUAACAUCAUUGGAUCCGCAAUUUGAGCCACACAUUUGACAGGACUAUCAGAAUCUGUUGACGAAACCGCCACGAUCGCAUGCCUAUGUGGUUACCCAGGAUAUAUGGGAUUUCUUCAAUCGACAGCAGGAGGUUCUCAUCCAGCCCUAUUUCCACAUGUCCCAGGUCUGUUUCAAUGGACUCUUCAACGCCUUUCCCAUGCAAAAAGAUGCCCAAUUUGCCGCUGCCCUCGAUCGAUUCAUGAUGAAUGUGAGGCAGGCGGGUCUCUGGGAUUACUGGGAGGACAUGGCCUUCGUUUAUGCCGUCCGAGCGAAAUAUGCUCAGGUCUUUCUCGACACUUAUCCCGUCGAGCCAUUGAAUCUGGAGUUCUUUAGCACCGCCUGGAUCGUUAUUGUAGUGGGCUUACCUAUAAGUCUGUUGGUUUAUUUUCUAGAAUACUUGUGGUGGCGCUGUAAGGCUACAAAUAUACACUAUCAAUAG